AUGUCCAAAGCGCGGGCAAGGAGACUAAAACGCAAGAUCAAAGAAGGACGCCCCACUCUCGCACCCGACGAGUACAAGCGCAGAAGGCAACAGCAAGAAGAGGGUGAGCGUCGUAACCGCCAGAUCCUACAGCAGAAGAGACUCUUUCCAGCACCAGCAGACUUGGAGCGCGAGAAAUUUGAGGAGUAUGCGCCUGGUCUCUGCUGCGACCUUCGAGAGCAUAAGACUAUCCGCACCACCCAAAAUGACACACCAUAUCGCGCUCGCGCAAUCUGGUUCAACGACUUCGACGAGAGACACACUUUCCACAAGAAGCACCGUCAGGCCCGCCAACUGUACAAUAUCCUCGUCCACCGUCUGAUCAAAGGCGGAACCCUCCACUCCUCGAGCUGCUCUUCGUCGCGGGCUGCCUAG